AUGCCGCUGCUGCAGCAUGCUCCUGAUCGAGCUGGAAUACCGUGGCGAAUCCGCGAGAAGAGCAAAAUCUCUGAUUUUGUUUCACAAGUUGUCUCUCUUUUCUUCCAAGACUCUGAUAGGAUUCUCAAUGAUCUCUCACUUUCCCUACAUCAACAAGUUGUAGACUUCAAAAAAGUUGAUCCUCAUGUUCAUCAACUCAAAGGUAGCAGCUCCAGUAUAGGAGCACAGAGAGUCAAAAAUGCUUGUGUUGUCUUCCGCAGCUUCUGUGAGCAACAAAAUGUUGAAGCAUGUCAUAGAUGUUUGCAACAAGUGAAGCAAGAGUACUAUCUUGUGAAGAACAGACUAGAGACUCUGUUCAAGGUGAGGACUACGAACACAAAAGUUAUUUACCAGUUGUGCUGUGAGGUUUGUUGCCGUAACGUUUGUCAACUUGACCACGUCUUUGUCGAAAGCCACAAACACAGCCUCCGUAGCUCCGUCGUUGACAACCCAUGUGGAUAG